UUAUAGCAAACCAAAAACGGCAUUACCAAGAUCACCACCAUAUGAUACAAAAGGACAACAAACACCCUUCUUUCCUACCUCAACCAACAUGUUAAUCCUCUACUCUUUCCUUCUUCUUGUUAUCCCCGGAUGCAUCUCUCCAACACUCUCUCUAGAUCCACCCACCACCACCACAAACCGCCGUAAAGUUGACUUUUUCACCUUCCCGGAGGGCAAGUCAACCAUCCUACCCGACCCCUCCAACUUCUUCUCACCUGACCUCCUCUCAUCCCCUCUUCCCACAAACUCAUUUUUCACAAAUUUAGUCAUUGAAAAUGGCGACCAACAUGAAUACAUACACCCCUAUUUUAUCAAAUCUUCUAACUCAUCACUUUCUUUAUCAUACCCAUCUAUCUUUUCCAAUACUAGUUUCACAACACAUGUCUUCACCCCGGAUAUCAACAUAUCGGUUUUAAACGGCCCGAAACCAAACCGAAACCAUACCGUUUCUUCGUUUAGUGAUCUCGGUGUCACUCUAGACCUUCACCCCAGUUUGAGGUUCUUUUUGGUUAGAGGCAGCCCGUUUUUGACAUUUCAAGUAUUGCAAAAUGUUAGUUUAUCCUUUUCAACGGUUCAUGACAUUCGGGCUUUGGUACGGAAUGGGAAUAAAACUAAGUACAAGAUUGAUCUUAGUAAUGGUCAAACAUGGGUUUUGUAUUCAUCUACGCCUAUUGAGUUGACAAAAAAGGCGUCAACGGUUACAUCAGACGACUUUUGUGGUGUGAUCCGGAUUGCUUUGUUGCCGAAUGCGGAUGAGGAGCUUGAACCGGUUCUUGACCGGUUUAGUUCUUGUUAUCCGGUUUCGGGUCAUGCUUCGUUUCGUGGAUCAAAUAGUGUUCGGUAUAGAUGGGCGACGGAAGGUUUGGGGGAUUUGUUGAUGUUGGCAAACCCUCUGCAUCUUCGUUUACUUGACGAUGAUGAUUCGGUUAAGGUUGUUGAUGAUUUUAAGUACAAAAGUAUUGAUGGUGAUCUUGUUGGUGUUGUUGGAAGUUCAUGGGUGUUGAAAACUGACCCGAUUCCGGUAACUUGGUAUUCAAUUAAAGGAGUUGAUAAAGAAGCAUACCCUGAAAUCAUUGAUGCUCUUGUGGAAGAUGUAAAGGGUUUGGAUUCGAGUAAUAUGUCGACCAAUUCCUCGUAUUUUUAUGGGAAAUUGGUCGCGAGAGCCGCUAGGUUGGCGUUGAUAGCUGAAGAAGUUGAUCAUGUUGAUGUGAUCCCGAAAGUUAUACAGUUUUUGAAGGACACGAUUGAGGCGUGGUUAGAUGGAACCUUUGCGGGUAACAGAUUUCUGUAUGAUAAGUCAUGGAGUGGGCUUAUAACUUUACAAGGGUCUAAACAUGUAACUGGAGAUUUCGGUUUUGGGAUUUACAACGAUCACCAUUUUCAUAUCGGUUACUAUCUAUAUGGAAUCGCGGUUCUUGCCAAGAUAGAUCCGGUCUGGGGAAGAAAGUAUAGGCCACAAGCAUACUCUCUAAUGUUGGAUUUCAUGACAUUGGGUAAAGGUCCAGAUAUGAAGUAUACGCGAUUAAGAUGCUUCGAUUUAUGGAAGUUACACUCAUGGGCAGCUGGAUUAACCGAAUUCGAAAACGGAAGGAAUCAAGAAAGCACAAGUGAGGCAGUGAAUGCAUAUUACUCUGCAGCUUUAAUGGGCAUGGCUUAUGGAGAUCCACAUUUAGUAAAAGUGGGAUCUUUGCUUACAGCCAUGGAGAUACAUAGUACACAAACAUGGUGGCAUGUGAAAGAAGAUAACACGCUUUACGAUGAGGAUUUCGUGGAAGCGAACCGAGUGGUGGGGAUCCUUUGGCAGAGCAAGAGAGACAGUGUGCUAUGGUUUGCACCAGCUGACCAAAAGGAAUUCAGGCUGGGGAUUCAAUUGCUGCCUAUAUUGCCUAUUUCUGAAAUCUUGUUUUCUGAUAAAGAGUAUGCUAAGCAGCUUGUUGAGUGGACUUUACCUUCUUUGAAAAGAAAAGGUGUUGGAGAAGGGUGGAAAGGGUUUGUGUAUGCAUUGGAAGGUGUUUAUGAUAAGGAGGAUGCUCUUGAAAAGAUUAGGAAAUUGACUGGACAUGAUGAUGGGAAUUCAUUGAGUAAUAUGCUGUGGUGGAUCUUUAGCAGGUAAUAGGAUGGUCACAUGUUGUUGCAAGUGGUGGCAAUAACAUGUGGUUUGGUUUUGUGUUAUGUAUUUUACUGCUUCUAGGAGUGUUAUUUAUAUUUGUGUUUUUGUUUAGUAACAAAUUGUUGUAUCUUGAGAUCUUUAGCUACUUGGCUCAUCUCUCAACAUUGUAAAAUUUAUUUUCUUUUGGAAUAUAAUUUAAAGUCACAGUGUUUACUUUUAA